AUGGUCGAGGACAAAAUUUCAGUUGUUGCAAGAAUAAGGCCUGGGUUCGGAGACGGUCAUUCUGAAUGGAUCAAGAAUGGUGAGAGGAACAUAAUGAAAAAGGACGGCACUGAGAUUUACACCUUUGAUGAAGUUUUCGACCAACUCUGCACAAAUGUAGAUAUUUACGAUGGUGUUAUGAAAGGAAUAGUUGACUCAGCACUGGCAGGGUUCAACACAGCUGUCUGCGCAUAUGGGCAGUCCGGCGCAGGAAAAACGCAUACUCUCACUGGAUCUGACGUAGAAGAUGGCGUGGUACAGAAAACAUUUCGAGCUCUCUUCGAAACAAUCGCUAAGUCCGAGGACCGGAACUACAUGCUGCGGAUUUCAUACGUUGAGAUUUAUAACGAGCGAGUCCGCGAUCUUCUAAGUGAAAAUGUCGUAGAUUUGCCAAUUUACGAGAAUAAAGAUGGCGUCGCUCAAAUAGAGGGUCUGAAAGAAGUUGUGGUGACGGAAAUAGCUGAAGUCGAGAGCCUUCUGGUGAAGGCACAAGAACAUCGUCAACUUGGCGAAACACUUCUGAACGAGCGAAGUUCACGAUCCCACACAAUCAUAAGAUUAACUAUUGAGUCGCAUGACGUUAAAAUUGGUGGAAAUGCUACCAGAUGUUCGAUCAUGAACCUUGUUGAUCUGGCUGGAAGUGAAAACGCGGCAGCAGCUGGUACCCAAGGAUUACGCCAGAAGGAGGGUGCAAACAUAAACAGGUCACUCCUUGCCCUUUCAAAAGUGGUCUCUAGUCUUGCCGACAACCAAAAGUUCAUACCAUUCCGCGACUCGAAGUUGACAAGGAUAUUGAAGCCUUCGCUUGGAGGAAAUUCGAAGACAGUAAUAAUCUGCUGUGUGGCUCCAUUCUCAAUAUCUGAGACCAACUCUACACUCAAGUUUGCUAAAUUGGCAAAGAAGAUCGUGACAAGACCAGUGGUGAAUGAAGUGAACGAUGAUGGACUUCUUUCGAAAUAUCUACGCGAAAUUGAAUUGCUUAAACAAGAACUUGAGAAAACGAAGACGAAGAAAGAAAGCGACGAAGAAGAAAGGAUUCGUGAGCAAAGAAUGAAGUUAUCCGAAUUGAUGAAAGGUAUUCUCAAUGGAAGAAGCACAGCGGAAGCAGCUUCUGUUCUUAGCAGAAAAGCACGUCGACAGACAUGGGCUCCUGGAAACGCUCUCUUAUUGCUGGGCAGAAGAGGGUCCCUUUCACCGCCAAGCAAGAGAGAACGCGUUUUAGGUGAAAUUGAAGAGACCGGCGGACAGGCAUCGGACGAAAAAAUUCAUACAGCUGGAAUGGAUCUGGAAGAGAAGCCAGAUGCCGGAGACUGCUUCUUGAUACCGAGAUUCGUACCGAAUGAGCGACGAUCGAUUGCUAAGAUGGACACGGAAGUUCAAACUUACGAACCAUACCCUAUCGAUCGUUCUGAUGAGGUAGCUACGCUGAAGAAAGGAAACCAGUCGCUUGCGGAACAGCUAUCUGCUAAGACUAAACGCUGCAAGGAGCUCGAGGAACAAAAAGAAGAGUUCUCCAAUGCUUUUGAGUCGCUGAAAGCUUCAGUAGCUCGUUUCCAUGAAGUAGAAAGUGGAGCUCUGGUUUUGGAGAACAAUCUAAAGAAUGUGGAACGUGAGAACGCGAUGCUCAAUGACGAAAUUGCAAGGUUACGGGAAGGCAACGCCUUUUUAAAGUCAAGAGUUACGGAAAUGGAGACAAACCCCGAGGACAGGUCUCGAUUGCUGCAUCGGAUUGAUGAGCUCCAUGAAGAGCUGUGCAGAUCGAGAAAAGCGGCUUCACAAACUAAGAGCGACCUGGACUCAUGUAAUGACGAAAUUGAGAGGCAGCAAAUUCUCAUAGAAAGUCUUCGUGGAGAACUGAGCCAGGCAGACUCCGCUAUAAAAGAAGUCCGCGAGCACUAUAACCACAUCAGUAAAGGGUGGAAGGAAGAGAAAGUGACCUUGUUGAAGAAGAUCGAGGAAUUAUCAGCCACUGCUUCGAAAGAUGUGGAUUCUUUAGCAUUGGAGCAAGAAAAUGAGAUCAGAUCGUUGAAGGAAGCCUUGGCGGCAUCCAAGGACCAAACAGAGGCAGCAACCAGUUUAGCGAUCGACACGCGAGCAUCUUUGGAGAAAGAGUUCCAGGAACGAUAUUCGGCAGUAUUGAAAGCAAACGAAGAGGAGCUGCAGCAGUUGCGCAAGGACAACAGUGACUUGACUACACGGAUCGACAUGCUACUGAAGAAUUCCGGUCCUGGUUUUGAAGAGGAAGUUAUGUCGCUGAAGGAAGAAAUUGCCGAGUUGAAGGAUGUUAUUGAACGAAAAAGCAAGGCUUUGGAAAUUGCGAAAGCUCAUCAGGACGAGCUCGAACUUUGCAAUAGAACGAUGGAACGCCUAUCAAGAGAAAAGAAGGAGCUCACAAAUCGACUCAACCUCAAGACAGAGAAUGUGGAAAUGUUGUCGUCAAGGGUGAAUGCAUUGAGGGAUGAAAUAAAUCAGAUACAGUGCGAGGCUAUAAAAGCAAAGAAUGCAAGGAAGGCAGCUGAAGCGGCUCAAGCUAAGGUUGGUAUAUUAGUGAGGACAAUGAUCGAUUGCGCGAUGAUAUACGCACUCUACAAGAAGAAUACACAGCAUUCCGCGGCUAACGUUGAUUCGAUGGUUAAUGAGAAAGAUACAAGGAUUUCAAUGCUGCAAGAACAAGUGAAAAGUAGCCAACAUAAGGUACUUGUCUUGGAUACCGACCUAUCUAUAGCCCAAAAGGAUGUCGAGCGAUACAAGAACACACUUUCAAACAUGGCGAAAGCUCAAGAAGCUCGAGUCAGUGAGCAGGAGGAAAGCGACAUCAGAAACCAGCUUAGUGUCGCCUUGGACGAGCUGAAGGAUGCCCAAUCGUCAGAGUGGCCUAGAGAGAAGAUGCGGCUGACUCGUCAAAUUGAAGAUCUCCAAGGACAGCUCCGUGAUGCCACAGAAGCUCAUGAACAGCGGCAAGCCUCGAUAGCGCAAGGCCGGUUCCAUGAAGAACGAAAGAGAAUGGCUGAUGAAAUUGUGAGGUUACGUGAAGAACUGUCAAGUGCAGUCAGCGGCGGUAGAGCAUCAAACUCGGAUAAGCUGCCUGAGGUAGCCAAAUUGAAGCAAGAUCUUCAAGAUACAAUGAAAGAACUGACUGAGUGCAAGGAGAAAAAUAGGAGAUAUAGAAUGCAAAAAGUCAAUGGUAUUCAAUACGUGGAUGAGCUUAAGGAGAAGAUAGCGAAGUUGGAAAAGGAGCUCCAGAAAACAAGACAGGAAUUGUCGGAAAAAGCAGAAGAAUUGCAAAAGGUCAUCAAAUUGAAAGUUCAAUUGGAGUCUCUAGUGAAGGAAAAGGAGAACAAUCCAUCAAAGGCCAGCUUGAAAGGGUGA